GACCUAACUCCUGGUAGUGUGGAGGAAGCAGAGGAAGCAGAACCUGAUGAUGAAUUCAAGGAUGCAAUUGAGGAGGAAGAUGACAUCUCUCAGGGCUCAGGAGAGUUUGAGCUUGGCCUUCCUGACAACUCCUUUAUGAGCAAGAAUGAAGUGAUUCGUAGCAAGGUGUCACGGUUGACAGAACGGCUGCGCAAACGCUACCCAACCAACAACCUUGGAAACUGUGCAAGUUGUUCUGCCACUUUCUCUGUCUUGAAGAAGAGGCGAAGCUGCAGUAACUGUGGGAACAGUUUUUGCUCCAGGUGCUGUUCUUUCAAAAUUCCCAAGAGCUACAUGGGGGCUACAGCCCCAGAUGCCCAGCGGGAGACUGUCUUCGUAUGUGGGCAGUGUAACCAAGCACUCACCAAGUGA